AAAAUCCGGCCCGGGUUUAACUCGCAUGAUAGGAAAGGCCUCGCAAGGAAGUAGCAGCUACAAACCAGAUUUCUCAUUUACCACUCACAUCACUGACUGCUUGGCAAAAUACAAUGAGAUUGGAGGGACAAGUUUGCUAUUUGGAGGCAAAUCCUAAUUUCGCAUGACCUUUGGAAGGAUGUGGUAGCCUCAAUCCAACCCAUGAAGUACCUUUCAAAGCGUGGCUUGGCGAUGGGACUCCGGUCUUUGGGCAGUCCCACUUCCCUCUGUUAAAGUAGAGAGAGCAAUGAUUUCUUCCCCAACUUUGGUUCAAUUAAAAUUUUAAAGCUCGACACCGUACGAUUCUCAUCCAGAUACAAAGCCCCGGUGCCUCCAAAGCUUCGCUUUCUCUUGUUCCCAGGCAUUCCAAAGCUCAGAUUUACCUGGAAAAAAGAGGAGGAAUAUCAUCCAGCUUUAACAAAGCAAGACACCUCCCAGCCCCUUUAGAUCAUCCAUAAAAGCCACCGCCUUGAGAGCCUCCUUUGGCCACAGUAAGGCACACAACUGCCACCAAAACCCCAAGAAAACCUCUUGUUUUCCUAUACCAGUAUAUGCCAACAAGCUCUAACUAAGACAACAUGUCCUCCCUCCCCCAGCCUAUGGUGGCUUACCCACAUUCCAUCUCCACCCAGCCUUCCUCCUACUCCAAAGGCUCGUUUGGUCCAGUCUUCAUCGUGCUGGCCAUAAUUGCUGUCCUCGCGACCAUCGCCUGUGUCGUCGGCCGGCUCUGUGCCCGCCGCCUCUCCCAGCCAAAACUCAGGCAUGAGCACCGGUCUUACACUGCCAAAGGUGAUAUAGAAGAUAUGUUCGAGUUGAAAAUUCCCACUAUGAAGCCCAGAGGAGAGAAGGGGACCAAAGAUGAGGCCAAACCUGCCGGAAAAGUUGGACCGAAAAGCAGUGCUAUCAAACAUCCAGAAACUGAUGGGGCCAAAGGAGAAGGAAACCAUGGGGCAUCUGCCGGAGCCAAGACAAGUAAAUGACAACAGGAAAUUUAAGAUAGUAUGCAUUGCUUGUUGUUGGAUAUUGUAUAUAAGUGCAUCUCAUCCAUCAAAAGUUCUCUCCAGCUAGUUCUGCUUUUUUUUCUUUUUUUUUUUUGUCGCUCAAUGUGUGCCCAUUGGAUGUUUUCUGGAAGUGGUGUUGUCUGUCAAAAAGUUAAGAUUUUGAUUUCAAGUCUGCAUCAAGGAAAAAUCAAUCAUCAACUGGAUCCUGUGGAGCCUCAUUGGUCUUCCUUUUAAUGGUGAUAAAAGGAGAAUCUGCAUGCUUCACACAGAGUUCACUCACAGUCCUCACAAAAACCCUGUAAAUCCAUGUGGAACAAUUGAUCAAAAGAAACAAAUACUCAGCAUAUUUCUCAAAAGAAGAAGAAGAAGAAGAAAGAAAGAAAGAAAUACUCAGCAUACAAAGGAACAUUUCAAUAAGGAUAUUAGUUUUCCCCAUUCGACAUCAAAACAUCUAUUAAACUAAAUAUGCAACAUUUGAUG